AUGUCACUAUGCUUGCACACUACCGAGUCAAUCAACAUGUACGCCCGGAUUGUCGUAUCUUCCGCCCUGCUCAGCGGCUUCGCUGCUGCAGCACCAGCCGCACAGAACUCCAAAGGAGGGUGGGGACAGGUCCUCUCGAUUUUCGAGGGUGCCCUCCCAUCCGGCUACAGCGCUUCCGCCACAUCUGGUGCUUCCGCCGUAUCAUCUGCGGUGAGCAGUGCUGCUGCCACUGCUCCCGCUGGCACCGGCGUCGCCGCCAACCAGGUCGGUGACGUCUCUGGUUAUAGCAAUGCCAACGCUCCCUACGCGAGCGAGACACCUACACCAUUGAGCGUCGUUCCUAGCAGCUUCGGCUUGGAUUCGCAGAUCUCCGCUAUCCAUACCCCGGCGCCUAGCACCGGCCUCUAUGCUGCAGAUACCCAGCGCAGCUCUUUGCCAACUGGGCCUACUUCCCACGGCCCAUACAGUGGCAAGCCAACGACAACCGGCGCAGUCAGCACCAUCCACGCCAGUGCCACGAUCCCCACUCUGCCACCUAACCCAACGGCGACCUACUACAACACCAAUGGCAAGCUCCAGAAUGAGCAGCCAAUCCCAUACACGCCAGCUGGUGGUCUCGGUACAAAUGGUAGCUUGCCACGCUACAUGGUCGAGAGUGACUUCGACUACGAGUCCAUCACCCUCGGACUCUACCAGGAGUGGAUCGAGCUUGAUGUUUUCAAUAACGGUGUCGCCACCUUCAGCGAUGAGGACUGGGCGGCUGCUGGCCUGACACCAGAGGAUGUUUCCUUGAUCCAGUUUAUGGCUCAGCAAGAGCAGGGCCACGCCACUCUCUUGUCGAACAUGCUCGGCGAGACUGCACCACCACAGUGCACAUACAACUACCCAUACACCAACGCCCGCGAAUUCGUCGAUUUCAACCAGAUCCUCACCCGCUUCGGUGAGUCUGGCGUGUGGGGCUUCAUCAACCACCUCGACUCCCGCGAGGUCGGUCAGCUCCUAGCCCAGUCCAUCGCCACCGAGGCCCGUCAGCAGAUGAUCUUCCGCCAGAUGUCUGGGCUACACCCCAUGCCCGUUUGGUUCGAAACUGGUAUUCCUCAGUCGUGGGCUUGGACUUUCCUCGCUCCGUACAUCAGCUCCUGCCCCGAGAAUACCACUCGUCUCGCAUGGCAGAACUUCCCGGCGCUUCACGUCGCCAACCAGGCCAACAUCAACCGCUUCUCGCCUAAUGACACCGGCUUGUUCGAGCGCACCGACAACCGCACUGCCAGCCCCGCCACCGUCCCGGCACAGAGCGAGAGCUGCAUCAAUGUGAACACCACCGGCUACAGCUGCGGUCCAAGCGUUGCCCACAACCGCUCCGAGCCCUUGUCCUUCGCUGGCAAGCAGGUCCUCCUCGAGUGGGAUGCCCCAGGCCAGCCCGUAGGCCCGAACAUGUCCUACGUCACCGCCGCUGGUGGUGUCGCAGGUGCACCCAAGUUCGUCGCCUGGGCCAACCAGCUGAACUUGACAUACACACCCCUCACCGUCACCGGUGCCAACACCGGUUACACAUUCCAGCCCAAUGGCUCUGUGUACGAGGGUGGUGCUGCCAUCGUCAACGGCACGACCUUCAUUGCCUUGACCGACAUCGACAUGUACCUCACGCCCUUCAACUUGUCCAUGAUCAACCCUCACGUGGUUGCUCUUGGUCUGUACCAGGCUGGUUAA